AUGUUUGUCUUGGACGGGCCGGAGCAAGCAGCAGCUUUCUAUCCGCUCAUGUGUAGAUUCGGCUACACUGUGCAUGCUGUCGUAUCGGGAGCUGAACGUGGCCUGUCAGGGUCAACCUUGGAAAAGACAUUGAAGGAUACGGGGUGUGGUCGUCGAGUGGUAGUGCAUGAUCUGGAUGUCAUGGUGUCGGCAGAAGAAGGCACCUCGGCUACGGAAGUGGCAAUGGGUAUUGCAAGGCUGGUUCGUGUUCUUCGACCGCGUGCUCUUUUCCAUGUACUGCGCGACCAGCCUUUGUCGCAUGCUUUGGAGACAAUGGCCGAUAAUGAAAAGAUUACAGCCAUCGGGUUACCAGCAGACGAUGUGGUCCAUGCACUGUGGAUCUCCGAUUUACCGCUUGAAGCUUUAGAACAAUGGCACACCCCAGAUAUCAAUCUAGUGGUGAUUACGGAUCGACGUCCCCAUUCACUUUCUCGCUUACUCCAAUCAGCUGAACGAUCGUUCUACUUGGGCGAUAAAGUCAACUUGGUGGUUCAUUUGGAACAAUCGUCGGAUCCAGUGACGCGGAUGCUUGUCAACAACUUUCCCUGGCGGCAUGGCAAGAAGAUCCUUCGUCAUCGGAUGAGGAAAGGUGGAUUGAUGCCAGCUAUUAUCGAAUCCUGGUACCCAAAACACAUUAACGACUAUGCUGUGAUAUUAGAAGACGAUGUUGAAGUAUCGCCGCUAUUUUAUGUCUGGAGCAAGUACAGCAUCUUGCAAUAUCGCUAUACGCAUGCAGUGGACGAUCAACUUCGACGUACAAUGUAUGGUGUCAGUCUCUAUUCGCCUCGGAGUCUGGAGCUUCAUCCGCCCGGCCGUCGACCGUUCCAUCCCGACAAUGUGCUUCUUAACCACUAUCCACCGCGCAUGCCGUAUGUUAGCCAAGUUCCAUGCAGCUGGGGUGCGGUCUAUUUCCCUGAACAUUGGCGCGAGUUCCACGAGUACUUGACAAUACGACUGAUGGAUAUGAAUCAAGACAAGCUACUCAAUGUCACAGUCCCACAGAGUCGAUCUGCACGCUGGAAAAAAUCGUGGAAGAAAUAUUUUAUUGAGCUUGUAUACCUUCGUGCCUACGUGAUGCUUUAUCCAAAUUUCCAAGAAUUCGAGUCGUUUUCAACCAACCACUUGGAGACGGGCACACACGUCAAGACCACCGCCAAGCGAUUGAAUUCUAUUAAUGCAUUCUUGGUGCCCCUGAUGCAGCGUGACACGAUCCUGGCCCAACUGCCCAAUCACCGCUUACCCGAAUACGAUGAUCUACCUGUACUCGAUCUGUGGGGCUAUCUAAAAACACACGACGAACUCGACGAAACAGCAGCGCAGUGGCACACUCGGAUAUCAACGUGUCCACGCACAACAGGGACAUUCGAUCCAAAAGAUCUCCUGUGUCCGUUCCCGCCGCCCGAGGAACCUGUUCCUGAACCUCCGAAAAAACCCAAAAAGAUCAAGACAGCCUAUGCGGUUGAACCGAUAGAAUAUGUCACAAUGUACUAUAAUACCCAUGGAUCCCAGCAAGCCAAAGAAGAGCUAGUGGCUAUUGACCACAACAACGAUGAUGACUUGCCGGGACCGAUCAACGUAGCCCGGAUGCCAUCCGCACCGGAUGAUGGCAGUAACCUUUGGGAUGAUCAUUGGCUGGAUUUGCUCAGCGAGCUGGACUUGAUGAAUCAAUUAUAUACCCGCAUGAAUCCAGAGGAUUUGCGGGACGUGCUUGCUGCAGAUGCUGAGCUGGAUCUGGAUUAA